AAAACCCCAACAGCCCGCAAUUCUGCAUUGCUUGGAAUUUUCUUCUUCCAAGUUAUAUCGCCACCUAAUCGAUCUUAGCUUUUAAUUUCGGUUGCAUUUGAUCUGAUUGAGAGGAAAAGAGACAACAGAGAGGAUCGUGAUAGGUUUUCUGGGUUUUGGAUUUGAACCCCAUUAACUGAUAUCAUCCAAAAUUCUUCCAAAGUUUAGGUUUUGAAUUCAUGGCGAAUCUGUAUGUCAAGGCUAUGCCACCGACCGAUCUGAACAAAAACACCGAGUGGUUCACGUAUCCGGGUGUGUGGACCACCUAUAUCCUCAUCCUCUUUUUCUCUUGGCUUCUGGUCUUCUCCGUCUUUGGCUGCUCUCCUGGCAUGGCCUGGACUAUCGUCAACCUUGCCCACUUUGUUGUAACUUAUCACUUUUUCCAUUGGAAGAAAGGAACUCCUUUUGCUGAGGACCAGGGGAUCUACAAUCGAUUGACUUGGUGGGAGCAGAUAGAUCAUGGAAAGCAGCUUACCCGUAACAGAAAGUUUCUAACAAUUGUCCCUCUGGUGCUGUACUUGAUAGCCUCACAUACAACGGACUAUCAGCAGCCGAUGCUCUUCUUCAACACUGUAGCAGUGAUUGUACUCGUUGUUGCCAAGUUCCCCCACAUGCAUAAGGUUCGAAUUUUUGGAAUUAACGCUGAUUCAUGAAGUGUUUUCAAUUGUUGUUUUCUUGUUCUGGAAAAAAGCAGUACCAUUGUAUGGACUAUAGAAGUCAGAAUGCAUGGCAACUGGAUUUUCCCCACUUGAAGCUGCUUUGGAUUUAAAAGGAUCAGAACACCGUUCCUUCUUGUACAGCAGUACUUGUGAAAUCCUGUUAAUACACGAUGAAAAACAGAGUUAUUUUUUAUGAGCUGGUGAAACAGAGUAAUUGGUUACAAGGAAGUGUUGAGUUUUAUUUGUGGAAUGUCAUUAAUAUAUGCUAUUUUGUAAAUGAUUUUUUUCCUCCAUCGUAGAGAAAAUUGUCUGCAACUUAUAAUUUGUCCCCCUCACCCUAUAAAAGGUGGAUAGGCCAUGAAGUUGAAUGUUCUUGUAACAAUGAUUCUUUUUAAUUGUA